ACUGCUGUUGCCUGCGAUCGACGCAUCAUACAGCGACUGGUUUGGUCUAGACUUUCACUUCUCAGAACAUGCUGGAAAUAAACGCUUUAAAAUUGUUAUUAUAAAAAAUAGAAGUAACGUAACGCUAAAUAGCGAGGAGCUCCUUGUUAAUUUGUUAAUGUACAUGUCUGUACGCGCUAACCCCCGUGUGUGUUUUGCGUGUAGUUUGAGUGAUUCUGCCUGAGAGGAUGUGUGAUCGCGCGGUUCUGACGCUUCGACUGGUUCGGUCCUUCGAGCAUCGCAACUUUAAACCGCUGGUUUUCAAAGACGUUGAUUUAGACCAGACCGUGGAGGAGUUUAUUACAUUUGCUAAGCAAGAAGUUUCAACCAGAGCUGGAUUGCCUCCUCCCUUCAAGCAGUUUGACUAUGAUACGAUGAAAAUCAUACACCAAGCACACGGAGCAAAGACGAAUGAGCUUGUAAUGAGCUUAGAGGACGAUGAGAAGUUGAUUCUGCGUGAUGGCUGCAGGUUACGAGCGUGUGCGGUUGCGAAUGAAACAGAACUUGCCUUCUUCAAAAUGGCCGACUAUAAACAGUUCAAGGCCAAUCCACACACAGAAUGGUGAUGGCCAUCAGGAUCCAACACCAGAGGCGCUUCUUUUCGGUUGUGAUGUGGGAUUGAAACACAUAUUUUAAUUAGAUCUAUAGCUUUACUUUUUAUAUUGUAGUCUUACAAUUCAUAUGUUGUCAGCACAGUUUCAAAUAUGCAAGUACAAUUUUGAGUGAAAAUAUUUUUUGUUUGAACAUUCUUACGUAAGAAUAUUCUUCUUUUCUUUCAGAGCAAAAUGUGUGUGUUGAGUACCAGUUAUUUAAGUGUUUUUUAUUUUAUUUUAUUCUUCAGUGAAAACAAAUCACGUACCAGAAAUCUUGUUUAAUUUAAAUGACACAUUGUAAGUUGUUUGCUGUUUUUGUUAAAUAAAGUUAUAAAUCAUGCUUUCACAACA